CCCUGAGAGAGAAUUGAGAGAGAGGGCAAAAGAGUGGGGCCUGGCUAGGCCCGCGCCUCUUUCCCCCCUCACCCCGGAUCGAUCCCGGGCCAGGUCCAGCUUUUGAUUGAUCAGUGUGGAAAUUGUUCUGGCAACAUCUUGGAAACCCAGAACAUUUUACUCUUGUCUUCUGAAUCAUACAGUGGGUUUAAAGGAGAGUCUGUCCAAAUGAGCAAGACAUCACAGCAGAACACGACUGCAGAAACCAAUGGAGUAAGUGUCAUCUUCACCCAAGCACACACCAGUGGGUUGCAACAGGUUCCUCAGCUGGUGCCUGUCAGUCCCGGAGGGGGAGGGAAAGCGACACCUCCCAGCAAACAGGGUAAGAAGAAUUCUGUCCUCGACAGGAACAGCGAUGAAUACCGUCAGCGCAGGGAACGAAACAACAUGGCGGUGAAAAAGAGCCGUUUGAAGAGCAAGCAGAAGGCUCAGGACACACUCCAGAGGGUCAACCAGCUUAAAGAAGAAAAUGAACGUUUGGAGGCCAAAAUCAAACUCCUGACAAAAGAGCUGAGCGUGCUCAAAGACUUGUUUCUUGAACAUGCCCACAACUUCACAGACAGUGUGCAACCUGUUGGCACAGAGAGCACCCCGACAAACCCAGAUGGCACUGGACCGUAGACACUUUUGCCUAGUUCAUGGGCAGGGUAGAGCGGGCACUGCCCUCCCUACGCAAGUCAGGUGCCGCAAUAAAGAAGGACCUUUUCUUCUAAUCUUUGUAACAACUGUCAUUUUGUGGGUGUCUUUUUUAAAAUAGUAGGCUUAACACUGAAGGGGGAUGAGUUUAGUAAAC